GUGGGCGACGGGGCGGGGCGGGCUUCCUCGCUGUGCGCAUGUUCCGUGGUCAGAGCGGGGGCGAGUCUGCGGGUGUGUGUUAGUCCGAACGUCCGAAGCUGAGGCGGCCCCUGGAUCAUUCCCACUCUCCCGGCGCCUCAGGCGAAAGGCUAUUCCAGGAUUUUGUAUCCAAGGCCCAGAAGUUUGUUAUCCAAGAUGAUGAAUGCUGACAUGGAUGCAGUUGAUGCUGAAAAUCAGGUGGAACUGGAGGAAAAAACACGACUUAUUAAUCAAGUGUUGGAACUCCAACACACACUUGAAGAUCUCUCUGCAAGAGUAGAUGCAGUUAAGGAAGAAAAUCUGAAGUUAAAAUCAGAAAACCAAGUUCUUGGACAAUAUAUAGAAAACCUCAUGUCUGCUUCUAGUGUUUUUCAAACAACUGACACAAAAAGCAAAAGAAAGUAAGGGAUUGAUUUCCCUUCUGUUUUAUGGAAUUGCUGCUGAUUUUUUUCUUUAAAACUUGGAUAGAUUCCAAAAGUUACAGUACUUUGUGGCUUCUUGGAAUAUUUAUGAAAAUAAUGUCAGACCUAGGCAAAAUUAACUGCAUAACAGAAGACUUCCAUGGAUUUAUGUAUUGUUAGUCUGAAAAUGUGCAAAUGUAUUGUAGAGACUUUAUAAUUAGAAUUGCAUAUAUUUAUGAAAUUUGAAGAUGUUUUAUCAAAUUUGCUUUGAUAUAUAGGUUUAGCACUGUCUUUUAUUAUAGGCUUAGUAAGAUAUACCAGAAAAUAACCACCAUGUUGUGAAAAAGUGACCAAAAUCAUGUACUGAAUGCACAGCUUUAUGUACCGUGUCCACCAUCUUGUGCCUCUUCUCCAUUUGCCUCCUUCCUCCCCAUUUCCCUUCCCCUAAGAAAAAAAAUGGUUUCACGUUUGUAAAAUUACUUUGAAUAGUUAAUCACCUGUAAGAGUAACCUGAGCUCUAAUUCUUGCAACUUAACCAAAAUAAGAUACUUUCUCAGUUAGGGCUUGUCAUUUGUUGUAGUAAUAAGUUAGGAUUGCUGGUUUCUCUUUAAUCAUUUAAAAACAGAUUUAGGCUAUAAAAAUGAAGAUUUCUCUUUAAAACUGAACUGUCAUAUUGGGAAGAUUUGUUAAAAACUUCCUUUUGCACAAAUGACCCAGUUGAUAUCUGAAAAGAUAAGGAUUCUGGUUGUGUGUGUUAAAAGUAAAAAAUAAAAAAUAAAAAAAAAAUCUUGAGGGGAGAAUAGAAACAGGGUAGAAAAUAACUCAAUAAAAAGUAUUAACCAACUCCAAAUGUUUUCACUCCACAUUUGUAUUUUCUCUGGCAUAGAGGAGAUCUUUUGAAGAAUAUGUUUUAAAGUGGAUUAAGUUGACUGGCCUUAUGUAAGCCCCGUGUUAGGCCAGUUAUGUCUCAAGAUUUAUUUGUAGUUCCUAGCAAGGCAACUUUCGCAAAAUUCCUUAAGAGAGUGUAUUAGUGUCAGUCAUGAAUAAAUGGGAGGAUUUUACUCUGUGAUAACUGUAACCUUAUUCAGUAUUGUAUCUCGUUUGUUCUCCCAGAAUUUUCUGUAAAUUCAACUAGUUUGUGGAGUUUUGGUUAUUCUUUAACAGUUUUUAAAAAUUUAGUUUGUAGAUUCCAUUUAGUAAAGGAAUUAAUAUCAAAAAUAUUAAAAUGUUAUAAUAGGAAAAGAGAUCUACUAAUAUAGCUUAUGGUUACUAGAUUUGAGCUACUUUUAAUCAAUGGAAUAAUCUUAUCUAUUAGUGUAAGAUUUGAUGAAUGACUUUAGUUGUAUGAAUAUGUAAUAGUCAUACUGCAAACAUUUUGCAUCCCUUUUGUGACCUAAUUUACAAAUAUUUAAAAUUGUGUUACAGUUCUGCUUUGCUGUUUAAUAAAAAGCUGUUUCAGAGA